AUGUCCUCGACGUGGAGAAGAGCUUUACCAGGAGUAGCCAACUCCCUCAAAGUUGCCUUUCAAGGUUUCUGUCUUGGCAAUCUGAUCAGCAAUCACAUGUUCGAAAUUCGACCGUCUUCGGGAUCAUCCAUGCUUCCCACGCUGCUUCCCAAGGGCGACUACCUGCUACUGGUCAAGCUGGAUCUUCUCCACGCUUGGCGAAGCGCAUCCUUUCCAGCCUUGAUGGGUCAAAGCGAAAUCGACCAAUCUUUCACGGCUCUACAAUCCUCCACCAAACCUGGCAAAGGCUAUGCAGACUCGCUCAAGAGCCUCAAAAGAGGCGAACUGGUCGUCGCUGCCCAUCCCAUCGAUCCCGAAAAAUGGGUGUGCAAGAGGAUCAUAGGUUUGCCAGGCGAUACGGUGCUAGUAGAGCCACGGUGCAUCAAAGUGGACAAUGGCACGUCUUCUCCUCUCACAAUUCGUACGCAUGCUCAAGCUCAAACCCAAGCAUCCGAUCCACUCAUCGAUCACACCUUGAGGGACAUCUUGCCGCGCGAUCUGCAAGAGCUUCUGGCGCUAGGGAACAAGAGCAGCGAAAUGGAAGCUGCUCUGCAUCAACAUCGCGCAGAUGGUACUGGAGGAGAGGCGCCGCUCCAGUCGAUAGCGCGCGACAAGUCGCCGUGGGAGGAAGCUCUAUCUCAUCAUCUCUCGACCUUCUCGACGCGCAAAGCACCACCAGCACUCACCGCCUUCAACGUCCGUCCAAACAGCAACGACGAGUCGCAAUCUUCGAAUGCAUCCCUCCUCUCCAAACAAAUCGCAUCACCUUCCCAUCCUCCUCCUCAAUACGUCACCAUUCCCGCCGGACACGUCUGGCUAGCAGGCGACAACACCUCUUCUUCCAGCGAUAGCAGGUACUAUGGACCCGUACCCAUCGCGCUCAUCAAGGGCAGCGUCGUCGCCAGAGCUUUUCCCAGUCCAAAGUGGAUGAGGAGCACGAGCGCUUUGAAAUGGAUGGAUUGA